CGAUACAUAUUAACAGGACAUAACAAUACGUCACUUCCGUCUUUUGACUGUUCAGCCCCGCCUCUUAUAGCCGCGGAUUUUUGAAAAUAACGUCUGUUGAGAGCCGAACCAUCAUGACGUCGAUCACUGAUCCAAACACCAGUGUCAGGUUCACCAAUGCAAUGGAGGAAAUUCACAACAAGCUGCUACAAACCUGUGGGGAGUUGGUGGAUACAACAACAGAGUUGUCUCAGGCCGAAAGUCAGUUUUUAAAGUUUGCACAUGAUACAUAUUUAAAGAAAUGUAAGGAUGAUGAGAUGUUGUUUGAGACAAUACAGGCAUUCAAGAAAGUCCUGAAACAGAAAAACGUGUUGUUAAAAGAGAAAAGUCAUGACAUUUCUGAAGUAGUAUCAGUGAUUCAGCAGAAGGAGAUGCAAAAAAAUGACAUUAUGCUUAAGAUAGAAAAGCUUACAGAGGAACAAGGAAGGAGAAAAGAAUUAAUAGAAGCUCAAAACAGAGCCAACAAAACAAGAUUGAGAAAUCUCCAGAAAGCCAGAGGAGUGUUUCAGGAGCAUUUGGGGCUGGAGAUACGAACAAUCUUUGGUAAAGGGCAGCUGAUGAAAGGAGACUAUUUGCAGUUUGUUUUCCGGAACAUCGACCCUAAGAAUCAGGACAGUGCUUACAUUGUCGUCAUGGGAAUUAAAGAAGACGGAUGUUACCAAAUUGUGUCCAGCGACCCUGUUCUUGAUUUGUUGCCCACCUUAGAAAGACGGCUUCAGGAGACCAAUAACAUGGCAGCAUUCCUGGCAAAUGUCAGAAAGGAGUUUGUCUCUCAUGCACGUGGCUAAGACGUAAAGGAUGAAAAGGACACAUAACCAUGUGUAAAGAGGCAGUUUGGAUUCAUUUUAACAAGUAGGAUGUUGAUUAAAAAUGUUCAUGUGGCGAUA